AUGGUAUUCCAACUUGCGAACCGGUACCCAGCCUCAGUGGCUUUCACAGUUCAGCUCCUUGCAGCUCUCUUCGGCGUCAUACACGUUGCUGUCAUUUGCAAGCUGAUCAACUACGCUCUACGAUUACGACUCAGGAGUGCCAGCGUGUCGCUCGAUGUCUUGCGGACAUGGGUUGAUAUGACGAUACCUCGCAUUGACUGGGACUUGCCCCUUCGGUUCUUCUUUCCUGUAACGCUCAUGGUAUUCUUCAGUCUCGUGCCUGCAGCGCUUUGGGCCGGUUCUUUCGCGCCCCUGGUCAGCUCUACAAGCACAUCGAUGGUUCUCCGAUGCCCCGACUACACGAGAAAUAUCUCGCUGAUCAAAGAGUAUCCAAUGGAGAUAGGGAAAGCUGGGCCUUCAUACCGCAAUUCUCAAGGGCUCUUCACGUUCUCUGUUGGACAGCAGCUCAUUGGGCCUUUGCUGUCAGCCGCAGCGGGAGCAUCGUCCAACGAUUCUCUUGCGAAGAUUACUCAUCCGAAAAUUGAUAACACUCAAUUCAGCUACACUGGGCGAUCAUAUGGUGUUGGUUCGUCGGCAGGACUGACCGACUUGGAUUUCCCACAGGCCAACGCGGCUGGUUACAAGUACAAUGAGUAUGGCUACCUUACGACUGCCCAGUGCAUAUACAACCAGUCAUCGAACUUCACGCUUUCCGGUCCCGUGAACGAGUGGAUCUACGCAGCUGCCGGUACUCUCCCUGACAGCGUCGAAGGGCCGGAGUACUCGAACUACAUCGGACACAAUGCGAAAGCCAUAGUCGCCAUGGGUGUAGCGUACAGCGAGCUCUCCCCGCGCCGUUACGUCGCCAUCACUGCAGGCGAAUUCUACGCUCAUCUCAACAACACACAGUGCGAGUUCGACUUCGCACCGACAAUGUUCGAAGUCACCGUAGACCUGGCGAACCUCAACAUCACCGUCAAACCUACCUCCGCGAUCCCGGAAACUUACAUACACGAGUCCGAUGCCCGCAACAUCACUCGCACCGUCGUCCGGCAGUUCGAACUUCUAUCCAACGACCUCACGAACCUCUAUGACUCGCUUCUCGGCCAGGCGCUCAAUUCGAGCAUCGCCGCGUACAGCAUGUCCAUGGGUGGCAGCUGGCCUCCUCUCACCCAAGAAGAGCGCACCUUAGGCGGCCUCGCGAACGCCAUGAUCGCCAUGGCCGACGACAUGCUCGUUGCGUACGGCUCAGCACAGCUCAUGGUGGGCACCAGAAUCAACAGCACCACGUCCGUCCCCCGCGUAGCCGACGUGUACCUCUACGCUUUGCAGUUCGGCCAGCCCGCCUACAUCUACGCUGUGUUCGCUCUCAACACGGUCAUCGUGCUUGCGGUGCUCGUGGAGAGGUACCGGACGCGCGUCUGGGCUGAUCUCACGCGCUUCAAUUAUCUCGAUCCGCGUGAUCUCAUUGUUGCUGCUUCGCGAGGGGGUGAGCAGCUCGCGCAUGCAGCGGACGAUAUGGUCGGCCAGGACGGGAGGAAAGUGCCCAGGCAUGUGUGGCUGCUUAGUGAUCCAGAUGAGGGCAACGGCCGGUUAGUGGUGAGGCUGAGGGCGGAUGAAGGUGGUCAUGCGGCGAUUGAGGUGGACGAGGCGAGGAGCGAGGCGCUGAUGGGUGAAGGGUGGGUGAGCUAUGAGGAUGUGGGUGUAGAUGAAGAGAAAGCGGUGGCGAAAGAGGCGUGGGAAAGGAGGGAGAAGGGACGUGUAGGGGUGUUUGGGUCUGCAAGAUGA